UGCAUGCAGGGUCCAAAAGGGUUAAAAUUAAUUUCUGCUUAUGUUUGACUGUUGUGUGUGGAACACCCCUAAACCACAGGCAAAUAAUGCCUAUAAAAGGUUCAUGAAAUGCAUUUGACUCUGAUUUGUCAGAAUUAGUUUUAGACCUUUACUUGAUUUAUUAAUAAAAUAAAGACAUUACAUUUGUGGCUAAAAGAAAGUAUUUUCUAAUAUAAUAUCACACUUUGGCUGAGUCUGUGAGAUUUCAUUUCAGUCAUGGACAGCUCACCAGAAAUAUUGGACUUUGAUUCUUCAGAUGAAAAUGGUCAUGAGAACAGUGGGAUAUUUCUGCAGCAGUGGGAUGCACAGGUUCGUCCCUACAUCGAGAUGAUUGACUUUAUGAGGCGGAUCGGCAUCGAGAGGGAGCUUGCACUGCCAGCUAUCGCAGUUGUUGGUGACCAAAGCUCAGGGAAAAGCUCUGUUUUAGAGGCCCUAUCUGGAGUCGCUCUGCCUCGUGGAAGUGGUAUUGUCACUCGGUGUCCACUGGAGCUUAAACUGAGAAAGAUGAGUAGUGGGAGUGGAUGGACUGCUGUAAUCUCCUACAAUGAUGUGCGAGAGACAUUUCAUGAACCCGCACAAGUUGAAAGUUUUGUCAGAAAAGCACAGAAUAUGCUUGCUGGAGAUGGAGUAGGAAUCUGUGAUGAUCUCAUCAGUUUGGAGAUUACAUCACCUGAUGUCUGUGACCUCACGCUGAUCGAUCUGCCUGGUAUAACCAGAGUACCAGUCAAAGGCCAACCAGAAGACAUCGGAGACCAGAUUCGGCGGCUAAUUUUGAAAUUCAUUGCAAAAAAAGAAACCAUUAAUUUGGUUGUUGUUCCCUGCAAUGUCGACAUUGCAACCACUGAAGCACUUAGAAUGGCUCAAGGUGUCGAUCCUGAUGGCUCGAGGACUUUAGCGAUAUUAACAAAGCCAGACCUGGUGGAUAAAGGAGCAGAAGCUGACAUCUUACAAGUGCUACAAGGCAAAGUGGUUCCUCUCAAAAAAGGCUACACCAUUGUCCGAUGCAGAGGCCAGAGUGACAUCAAUGAAAACGUUUCUCUUUCUGAAGCCACAAGACAGGAAAAAGAGUUCUUCAGCAACCACCCGCACUUUAGUUAUCUUCUUGAAGAGCAGAGGGCCACAACCUCCUGCCUGUCCACUAGACUUACUAAAGAACUGGUUGAACAUAUCAAGGCAGCUUCCCUGCCAUCUCUGAGAGAUCAAAUUCACAUCAACUUGUCUGCAGUGAGGAUUGAGCUCAGGAGUUAUGCUGAUGGUCCUCCUUUAGAGACUGAGCGCAUGGGGCCAUAUCUCAGCAAGAAAAUCUUGGAGUUCAGUGACCAGAUCAGUGAAUUGUGUAGAACUGGAGAAUCAGAAACUGGAAACCUCUACUCACUCCUUCGACCAGUGUUCAAGCAAUGGGAAUGUCAUCUGAGUAACUCCAAAGCAUUGUUCAGAGAAUCUGUAAAAGAGAUGACAGAAAAUUAUGAUGAAGGCCAUCGUGGGCGAGAGCUGGUGACCUUCAGUGACUACUGUGUGUAUGAAUCAAUGGUAAAGAGACAUGUUGGAGACCUUAAACAACCAGCCAUGGAAACACUAAAACUAAUCAGAGGUAUUGUGCAGAAAGAGUUUAGGGUCAUGUGCGAGCUAUGUUUCCCAAACUACCCGCAUCUGAGACACAUAAUACAGAACCACAUUGACGAGAUUCACUCAAAGCAAGAGAGCAAGGUGGAAAAGAGGAUCCAUGAGUACAUUAACAUGGAGAAACUUGUGUACACACAGGAUCCCAUUUUUACCCAGAAAAUUGUAGACUUCAAAUUUGUGGAAAAAAGACAGGAGUAUGAGUCUGUUACUUUGGACACAGGAGAAGAUGCAACCUCACCCCACAACUGUGCUGUUUUUGACACCAGGAACCUGACACCUGAUAAACUGAUCAUCUAUUAUGAGAUUGUGUAUCAGCGUCUGGCCGACUACAUUCCCAUGGUGAUCCUGUUGUUCAUGCUGAAGGAAGCUGCCGUGAUGCUGCGGGCUCAAGCUAUGGAUCUGCGGGAAGGAGCUGACGUUGUGAAGCUGCUAAUGGAGGAUUCUGAGGCUGGACAGAAAAGAUCAGAACUGCAUCAGCGCAUGGAGCGACUGCGCUUGGCACAAGAACGGAUCAGUAUAUACCUCUGAAACAGGAACCAGCAAUGUUUCUCUGUUUUCUUAAAUCUUGUCUUUACAACUUAGGUGUUCAUAUUGGACAAACACUCAACCUUGAUGUGAAUUAUCAGGUUCAAAUCUGUUUUUAUCCGCUAGAAAAUAUUGCAAAAUUGUGUCUUAAUUUUUGCAUUAAUUUCCACUUGCGUUGAUUAUUGCAACUCUAUUUUGAUCAGUCUUGCAAUUCAUCUUUAAAACGAUUACAAGUAGUUUAAAAUGCUCAGAUAGAACUCUGAUAGAACACUGACAAGCUUCAAAUCAGAUGUUGUUAAUUGUUCCACAUUCCAGACUAAGACUAAGGGAGGUCGUGCAUUUGCAGUAGUGGCUCCUAAGUUCUGGAAAACACCUAUUUGUACUUGCUUAUGUGUAUCUUCUGCUCUACGUAUGUUUUUGUUUGCUUUUAUGAUUUUUAUCUUGUAAUGUUCUUUUAAGCACCUUAUUGACCUUUGCUCGUUAAAGGUGCUAUAGAAAUAAAAAUUGCUUACUUGCUUAACUAUUUCAUACUGUAACUGCUUAAGAAUCAAAAGUGAAACUACUAUAGUUGUUUGUAGGUCAGUAAAGGAAGAAGUGUUUAAAAUCUUAGAAAAAACACUUAAAGGGUACACACUGAGGCUUAGGUAGUAAUGAAUGUAACAUUGUUUAGUUUAAUCAUUUGUAUUAUUUAAAGUAAUAAACCCUCAUGAUAAUAUUCUAGGAAUUUGAACAGGAUUGUCUGUAGGGAUAAAGGGUGUUAUCCACUGAUAAAUGUCUUUAAACGAAAGUAAAUCAAUGUCAGCUUGUAUCAGUAUUUUUAUCUGAAAUGCACAUUAACAAAAUGAGCCCAUACAUACUUUUAAAUAAAUAUGA